AAAAGUGUAGCCUAAGAAAAAUGAAAAAUUAUGUACUGUUGUUGUUCCGUUGCUUAAAGUGUUCAAAGUUUGAGUGUGUGUGCAUGGGCAUAGCAUGUACUUUUGUUAUAUGUUCCUUCCAUGUUCAGGAACUCACUCUCUACUAUUAGUUAAAAUUUACUCAAAACUGUAGAUCCUUAGUGAACCUAGUCAGAUGACAGGAGUGGACUCGCAAAAUUUUGUGAUUUCUAGUGAAUUUCAAUCAAUGGGAUUGUGUUCUAAAGGAUAUGUUAGAAAGUGUAUUACUAUCUUUUCCCUGUAAGAUAUUUUCUGUAUAUUUGGCAGAACGGUAAAGAGACACUUCUUGAACUUUUUGUAGUCCCACAAUUUUGAAGGCAAAGAUCACGUUUUAAUUAUUUUAUGUUGUUGACGUUAAGUAGCAGUAUUGAGGAAAUAGAAUAACAGUACGGGGAAACUAUGACAUUGCUUUUUAAUUUAUCUAUCAUUGUCCAAAUUUAUAUUGUUGUGGACAACAAAUUUGAUUUAAUUGCGGAAGGAAAUGUGAUCUCUAUGGCAUUUGGUUAGGUUGUUGGAUGGAUUAUUAUCUGAAUUGAAGUGGAUGAAAUGCUUAUUUUCUGUGAAGUCUAUAUGUAAGCAACAGAAUGGCAUUAAGGACAAAAUUAUAGUUGGUUUGGUUGGAAUGCUGAAGUAAGACAGAUUAGUUAUGUCUGAUCUUAAAGCCUGAAGAAGCACUUUAAAUUGAAGACGAGUGCAUAUAUAUCUUUAAUCAUGACAGAAAUAAGUGUAGAGUUCAGAGUUAGUUAGCAACCAAUUCGACAUCACACGACCCACUAAACCAAGAAGUAUAGUAUAUGAUUAAACUUGCUAAUCAAUCAUGAUUUGAGAAAAAAAUCAUGUGGGAAACUUAACCUUUGAAGAUCUGGUCUUCACUGUAGUUCUAGAAUAUCUGAACACAAAUCAUGAUCUAUAUGACGCAAUUAAGAAAGCCGAGCAAGAAUGUCAUAUGCUUUCUGAGGAAGCUAAGAGGGGAGUUAGAAACUUACGUGUUGACUUUGAAAGGGGUGGAAUUAAUCUCUGCUCUGGGAAAUUAGAUCGAGUGAACACGCUAAAUAUUGAAAUUUCUCAGCUAUGCCGAGAGUACAACGAGAAUAUUGUCAUGGACCCAGGAACUGUUGAUAUAUAUCCUUCUUCUCGCAUCCCCAGGAAUUUGCAUUAUCUUGUAAAGCCUAUACAUCGGUCAGUAUCAUUAAUAACCAAGGAUUUAUCAGGGUCCAGGAGCACCCUUAAAGAGAAAGGAUUUCGGAUUACAACGGACCCACAAACUCUUUCUUCUGUACUACAAUUUUCAUCUGAUGAUGAGGUUAGGAAAAUGGUAUAUAUACGAGGAAAUUCUGUUCCACAUGCAAAUGUUGAUGUCCUUAAAAGGCUUAUAUCUGCACGACAUGAGCUAGCUCAGAUAAUGGGGUGUAGUUCUUAUGCUGAAUUUUCUAUUAAGCCUAACAUGGCUUUAUCACCAAAAGUUGUAAUGUCAUUUUUACUCGAAAUGAGCAAGAUGGUCAAGCCUAAGACUAGAGAGGAGCAUAAGUUACUCACGAAAUUCAAGAGAGAAAAAUGUGGUCAAAGUGAUGGAGAUUUAAGGCCAUGGGAUGAGACCUAUUACAUGACAAUGAUGAAGUCCUCUGCUUAUAAAUUGGAUGCUUCGGUUGUAGGUUCAUAUUUUUCUCUCUCGAACUGUAUUGAGGGUUUGAAGGUGCUGGUGCAGUCAUUGUUUGGUGCAACCUUUCAUAGCAUCCCUCUAGCACCUGAUGAAUCUUGGGAUUCCCAUGUGCUUAAACUAUCUCUUCAUCAUCCCGAAGAGGGUGACUUGGGAUAUUUGUACCUCGAUUUAUACUCAAGAAAGGGAAAGUAUCCUGGUUGUGCUCACUUUGCAAUAAAAGGGGGUCGCAGAAUUUCUCAGACAGAAUACCAGCUUCCAAUUGUAGCUCUUGUUUGUAACUUUUCGGGAUCUCAAAAUCCGUCAGCUGUAAGGCUCAGUCAUUGGGAAGUAGAAACUCUAUUUCAUGAGUUUGGACAUGCUCUUCAUUCUUUGCUUUCAAGAACGGACUACCAGCACUUUUCAGGCACCAGAGCGGUUCUGGAUUUUGCUGAAAUACCAUCCAACCUGUUUGAAUACUAUGCAUGGGAUUAUCGAGUUUUGAGAAAAUUUGCUAGACACUAUUCAACUGGCGAAGAAAUUCCUCAGAAGUUGGUUGAGUCAAUGCAGGGUGCCAGAGAUAUGUUUGCUGCAACUGAACUGCAGCGUCAGAUCUUCUAUGCUCUUGUUGACCAGACACUUUUUGGAGAGCAGCCACUCCCUCAUGGUGACAUUAGUUCUGUUGUCGCCGAACUGAAAAGAGAGCACACCAAUUAUGGACAUGUGGAAGGCACACAUUGGGAGACCCGAUUCAGUCAUCUUCUUAAUUAUGGUGCAGGUUAUUAUAGCUAUUUGUAUGCUAAGUGUUUUGCUGCAACCAUAUGGAAGAAACUGUGCGAGGAAGAUCCACUUUCAUCAACUACAGGAUUGGCUUUAAGAACAAAAUUCUUACAGCAUGGAGGAGCCAGAGAACCAGAUGCAUUGUUAAAUGAUCUACUGGGAGAUGGAAUAUACAGGUAUCAAGAUGGAGGGAUAAUGCCUGAUAUUUCAUGUCUUUGUGAUGAAAUGAAGCUGGUUGAGGAAUAUCCUAGGCAGGUCCAUUUGUUGUGAUUUUUAGGAAAUAGGACUGAAUCAACUAGCUACCACUCAAACAGUUGUACCAUUCAAACUAUCGUGUCAAAAUUUGUUUUGGGGUCUUAAAAUUUUUGCUCACACGACCCUAUCAUAUGAAAAAAACGAGAGGAUCCAAUUUUGACUUAAGGCACAAUUUCAAGUGUCACUUACAUAUGCACUCACAUAUAAAGAAUUGAAGUGAAGAAACAAUUCUACACGGCACAUCUAAGCCUGACAAAUAUCCUAAUAUUGCAUUGAUGAACUUGUUUGGUAUGGUAUUAUAGAACGUUGUAAUCGGUGGCAGCAUAGUAUUCUAAAUUUUAUUAAAUAAUAGGUGUUCUUUAUUUUCUUA